UCUCUUUGUGUGCAUGUGUGAUGCAGUUCACAUUAUCGGGGACAGACCAGAAGCAACACGAUAAGAUGAACAAACGAAACUAUUUCAAGUGCAGUAAAAUGCAAUGAUAAAGCGAUUCCAGUUCAGUGUACUGAUGCAGUUACCCUCCACAUCAGUUUAUUUCCAACGUUCCUUGCACGCGGUCCCAUUGAGGCAGAAAUGUUCCACCAGUUUGACUCAACCACCAAAUCGUGGAUUUCACGUCAUCCUGCACCGGUGCUCGAUCCGGAGGCCAACCUUGGUCGUUUGAUUCUAAGCAUCCUGGAUCGCAACCCUGAGAAGGUCCUCCAAAUCGAUGCCGAUACGGGCCGGGAAAUGACCGCCGCGGAGAUGCGCCUCCGGGCGAUACGGGUAGCGCAGAAUCUGACCGCACUCGGAUUCCGCAAAGGUGACAUGGCAGCGCUGAUUUGCUCCAACAGUGAAAAUCUGGCACCACUGGUGUUGGGGUUGUGGAUGGUGGGCUUACCAUUCAUAAGUCUGCCAGUGGGGUUCAACGGCGACGACUUGGGCCAUCUGAUGGGACUGGUUCAACCCAAGGUGGUGUUCUGUGACGAUGCGGUGUACAAAACGGCACUCGAAGGUGCCGGGAAGGCACUGAAGAUGAAACCCGUGGUGUUUGCCGUUGAGAGCGAGAUGGAGAGCAUUAGGAAGGUGGAUGAGUUGCUGGAGAGCACCGGAAAAGAGGAACAGUUUGAACCCGAGUACCAAGGCGAUAUGCGCGAGAUGAUAGGAAUCAUUCUUUGCACUUCUGGAACCACUGGUCGACCGAAGGGUGUAGCCGUAUCGCAAGCUCACAUCGCUGUAGUCCUCGGGCGGCCAGUGAAGGGCAACGACUCCGACCUGGUGUUCAACUUCAGUCCACUGUAUUGGGGAACGGGGUUGUUUGCGUUGCUGAACUCGCUUUCAACCGGAACGACUCGAAUAGUGACUCGAAGCGGAUUCAACGAAGACGUGUUCUAUGAUGUUCUAGAGCGGUACCGUCCAACGCAUUUCUUCACGCCGCCGUCACACGCUAUUCUUCUGUUGAAUCACCCACGUGUCGAGCAAGCGGACUUCAGUUGCUUGAAGAGCUGGAGUUUGAGUGGAAGCAUCGCUUCGCCGCAGUUACGGAAGCGUAUCGAAGAGAAGCUCAGCAACGGUAAAACAGUCAAUAACUACGCUUCGUCGGAGAUUGGAUUGAUUGCAAUGGAUGCUAUACGGAAGAGGGAAGGGAGCGUAGGGCUGUUGAUGCUGCAUCUGAAUGCGAAGGUUGUUGAUGAAAACGAUGCGGCAGUGGGUCCUCGAGAGCAAGGAGAGCUAUUACUGAAAACUUCACUUCCAUUUUUGGGCUAUUACAACGACGAAGAAGCGAAUCGUGAGCUCAUGACCGAAGAUGGAUGGAUUCGAACCGGCGACAUCGGCUACUUGGAUGAGGAAGGGUUUGUCUAUCUGGUUGACCGGAAGAAGGAUGUCAUCAAGUAUCGAGGCUACCAGAUGUCGUCGAUCGAUUUGGAAGUGAUCGUGGAGAAGAUUGAGGGCGUCCAGCAGGUGUGCGUGGUGGGGAUUCCGGAGAUGGACGGCACAUCCGAUUUGGCUGCCGCGGUGAUUGUGCGACGGCCAGGAAGUGAAUUGACGGAGGAACAGGUUGUGAAGCAAGUGGAGGAAAAAGUGUCCGAUCACAAGCGAUUGCGAGGUGGAGUUUUCUUCUGGAAGGAGCUUCCUUUGUCUUCCACGGGGAAGGUGUUGAGGAGAAGAGUCAAAGAAAUGUUGAUGGAAGCAAACGUUGUAAAUUAAAAAGCAAAUAUAUAAUACCUCUGUCGAGUUAAAGAAGA